AUGAAGGGUGUCACGUCGCUCCUUUCCUUCGUCCUGUACGCAGGACUAUGUAUUGCGGAUCCGGCUCCUAUGCCGCCGAUCCCCGACAAAGUCCUGACGCCUAAUUCAUCUAAUGCCCCAGCGGGCUGCAAACUCCUGGCAUCCGAUGCCGGGUUCCCAUCGAACGAGACCGUCAAGGCCGCGUUGCCGAAUGCGAUUUUCAAGCAAUGGGGUACCAAAGGCCCGGAUUGGGUGGUGCAGGCGAAGACGGUGCAGGAUGUCCAGGCGGGAGUGAACUUUUCUGCGCAGCAUAAUGUUCGGUUGACGGUCAUUACGAAGGGUCAUGAUUUCAUGGCAAGAGCCGACGCUCGUUCUGGACUGCGGAUAGACAUGAGCCAGUUCAAUGAAAACACGGUCUUCGCCACCAGCUGGAAAUGUGGUGAUGUCCUCACUCCUGGGGCGUCUGUAAACAAGAUCACUCCAGUGCCCGGCGAGCAAGCCGUCGCUCGUGUCUCCGCGAGCAUGUAUCAUGAGAAAUUCUAUGAGGAGGCUUCCCAAAGUGGUCUAUUCACUAUGGGCGCUCAACACGGCGGUGUAAGCACUAUCGGCGGUUGGGCUCAGGGAGGCGGCCACAACCCUUUCUCUCGCGAGUACGGCAUGAUGGUCGACCAGAUUCUGGAGUUCGAGGUCGUCACUGCGGAUGGCAAGUUCCAGAAGGUGUCGGAGUGCAACAACCCGGAGCUAUUUUGGGCACUUCGAGGGGGUGGUGGUUCAACAUUCGGUGUCGUUACUGCCGCCACUGUCAAAGUCUAUCCGACCAUCCCAAUAGGAGUCGCCCGCUUUUUCGUCAACUCGACGACUCCGAAGCUGUGGGAUGCCGUUGCCUAUUUCUUGCAGCAGGGGCCGACUGUCCGCGAUCAAUACGGGGCGCAAGGCUACUUUUAUGUGUACCACAACGCAUUCGAGUCGGUAUUGCAUUUCCCAGCCCAGUACGCCACCGAAGCAAACAUGAAGGCUGGCUUCGAACCCCUGAAGGCCAAGAUGGAUGAGCUUGCCGGCGCAACUGCCCAGCCCAUCAAGUACUACACUUACAAGACGUACAAGGACUGGUAUGCCGCUGAGCAAGGCAACCACGACAUGGAGCACUCUGGCACCAAGUGGUUGUCCUGGUAUGAUGGCUCCGACGGUUCGGCUCCCGGCCAAGCCGAAGCCAUGGAGAACCCAUUGAAGAUCAUUCCAUGGGCGAUCAAGAACCCACAGACCCCAGCAAAACGAUCUAUUUGGCCUCGUUAUCACGCCAAACGCGACGAGGUGGUUCCAGGGAAGGCCAUGCGUCCUAUGUCCCGCACAUACCUCGACUCGCGGCUUCUGACGGCGCAGCAUGUCAGAUCUGUGUCGCAGGAUCAACUGGCUAAGAUUAUGAACAACACCCUUCCUGGUAUCACGAAUAACCACAUUCGAGGGUUUUUGCUAGGAGGCAAUAUUCAGGCGAAGCCUGCGGCGAAUGCGAUGGGAUUGAACCCUGCUUGGCGAACCAUGACCUACCAUAUCAUCGUCAACGCUGUCCCUGGUGAUAUUCGACAUGACUACGACGUCUCGGCAAUGAAGACAGCCUUCCCUACAGCUGGCGCAUAUCUCAAUGAGGCCUCCCCUGAUUCUCCCGACUGGAAGCGCGCCUACUUCGGCUCCAACUACGCCCGCCUCGAGCAACUCAAGAAGAAAUACGACCCCAAGAACGUCCUCUGGUGCUCCCCCUGCGUCGGUGCCGAUUUCCUUUCCUAUGACGACGAACGCAUCUGCCCCGCGCGCGUCACUAUCGGCCAGCGUCCUCCACCAUCCACCCUUCCCAACAAGGAUAGCCUCACGGGCAUCGCGAGCCUACCGAGCGUCCCGGGGAUCGCCAAUCCGCUCAUGCCGUAUAUCCAGCAGUACUUGACGAAUGGCGUCAUCCCGGACCCCAUCCCGGAUUUCAGUGGCGGCUCGGGUGGUCAUCAUGGUGAGGAAGAGGGUGAGAUGCCGGGAGGACAUGAUCACGGCGCCCCAGUUGAGACCACUUCAGCGGCCGGUGGACACGACCACGGCGCCCCGGUUGCGACCACUGCCGUGUUGCCACCAACAACCACUGCGGCAGGUGAACACGGCCAUGAGGAUACGUCCGGUGAUCAUGCGCACGGCUAA